AUGACAAACGAUCUGAAUAAAACAAAUCUCCAAACCACCACCCCAAUCAGAGGAACUACUCCUGCUGCUACCGUCCUCCCAACUGUCAACACCAGCACCACCCCGCUCGACAACAUGAGUACCACUGGGAUGAUACCUAGUGAGACUACCGAAGGUGCUAUCGUCCUCCCAAUUGCCAUCAUUGCAGGGGCGGCUGGUGGAGGUGCAGCCUUAGUUCUCUUGCUAUUGAUACUCUGCAUUUGUCUUUGUGGAUGCAAGUGCCGUAAAAAGAGAGACCAGAAACCGGGUCUACAAGAGAUGUCAGCGCUUUCCGAACUCAUCCACGAGCCCAGCAUUGAACCUCAUGACUUCCAUCAAAACAUUUACUCUGAGUCCACCAGCUCAUUUAAGAACGGUCAACACGAAAUGAUAGAAAUCGAUCACAACCAAUCGGCAUAUGGCCUAGGAACGGAACUGUUGGCCACACCUAAUUUACAUACUGACACCAACCGAACGGUUCUCAUUAAUGCCCCUCUACAAAAGAAAAAUUCGAUUCAUGCACUGGAACAGGCAUACAACGAGAUAUCUGAAUUCAAAGAAAUGCCAAGCUUUGAAGCAAAAUCUACAGUCCUUGAAACCGAGGAUGGACAACGACAUGUGGCAGACUCGCCUUCUGAAGAGUCUGAUCAUAAAAGCAGCUCACCUAUAUAUGCCGAAGUUCAGAAAAACAGAGCUUCAAAAGCAGACAACCCACCUGUCUAUGCCGAAGUCCAGAAAAACAGAGCGUCCCUUGUUGAUGAAAAGGAAGAGCAUGAGAAUAGCGGUCAACUGGCCAACCCCGACAAUGUUUCACCGCCUCCUCCACCACCAUCAUCUCAACCAUCUCCACUGCCUGCAUCAUCACCUGAACCGCCACCUCAUCAGCAGCCUCCAUCUCAAGCUAAGGAGCAGAUGAGUACUCCAGCCUCCUCAUCAGAGUUACCGCCGCGCCCACCAUCAUUUAUCCAGAGACCAACACCUCAGGAUGAGCCACAGGUGAACAUCCAGAAAGACGACCAUCACGAGGCAUCAGCAAAUCAUCAAGAUCCCGAUGAGAACCCUGCCUCCAAGGAACACGAAGUCAUGUAUGCUGAGCUUGAUUUAGAACCAGACACAUCGGGUAAGUUGCCUACACCCACUGAGGAACCGACAAUGUAUGCCACCAUCAAAGAUAUGCCCAAGUAG